AUGCGAAGAGGAUGUGAUUUGGGGGAAAGCAUAAACUUGAUGCCCUUGGCUAUCUACAAAAGGUUUGGCAUUGGAAGAUCAAGACCCACAUCCAUUCUACUACAGCUAGCCGACCGGACAGUGAAGAGGCCAUCAGGUAUCCUUGAUGAUGUAUUAGUACAGGUUGGGAAGUUUGAGUUACCAGUAUAUUUUGUCAUUCUGGACUGCCGGGUUGACGAGAAGAUUCCCAUAAUUUUGGGAAGACCAUUCUUGGCCACUGGGAGAGCUUUAAUUCAUUAUGAAACUGGAGAGCUAAAAAUGAGACUAAAUGAUGAAGAGAUAACAUUCAAUGUGCAUAAAUCUAUGCGGCGACGAAGUGAAUUUGCUAACUACUCUCUAAUAGAAGCUGUGGAUAACUUAGAUGAAGCAAAUGGAGAGUACUUGGCGGAGUGGGUACUGGCUCUUGAAGGCCAAGGGUUUUGGGAAAGAGAGCUAGAAUUUGAGCCUUUGCACUUAGAAGAAAGGAAAACUCCUCCAGCUAGGCCAUCGAUAAAAGAGCCACCAAAGUUGGAACUGAAGCCACUACCACCUCAUCUCAGGCUGGAAGGAGCCGAAAAGAAGGUUGAGGUGGAAGAGAUUGUGGAAACUUUCCCGGAUGAACAACUCUUAGCGACGAGCCUCGAUGCUACACCAUGGUAUGCAGAUAUUGCAAAUUACAUGGCAAGCGGUAUUGUUCCUUAUGACUUGUCUUCUGUGCAAAAGAAAAAGUUUUUUCGUGAUUGUCGCAUGUAUUUUUGGGAUGAACCAUAUCUGUUUAGGAUUUGUCUUGCUAACAUGAUCCAGAGAUGCAUUCCCGAGAUAGAUCAAUCUUCUAUUUUGCAGAUGCAUACUUCUGGGUGA